UGCUUGAAUUAGUGCUACUUGGCCAUUUAGCCUCUAAUCAUUCCAUCGGCAUCAUCGCACCACAUAAAACUCCUCUUUGUCCAUACAAAUCUUGCCUUACUCUGUGACUACCACUUUCCAGUCCGUAUCAUCUCUCUUUUUCUCUCGCAUCCACAAGCCUAAGACCCUCCACCGUCGAAUCUCCUCCGUCUAUGGCGUCGCCGAUUGCUCCUCCGGCGGCGUUCACUCCGCCGCCGGUUUUCUCCGAUUCUAACAUCAACUACAACAAUAGCUGUACCAGCUUCUCCUUCAAAUCUCCAUUUUCAAAGAAAUCGAAAUCGAGUUCUCUCUCCACUUCUUCCUCAUCUUCCAUUUCUAAACCUCAGAAUUCCACUCUCUGCUGUUGUCGCAGCAAUUCCUCUGACUCUUCUUUGCCAUCGCCUUCGCCGUCGUCUCCGUUGCAGGAAUUUCUCGCUGCUGCUGCUCAGGCGUUUGAAGAAUUUGUCAAUUCGCGGUUUAAGUCUUCGCCGAAGAAGGAUGAAGUUGCGGUGAGAGAGAAGGAAUUAGGGGGAGGUAAUUUGGAGGUUGAUGUUGAUGGUUGGGAUUGGGAGCGCUGGUCAUUGCAUUUUAAGGAGGUUGAAGAACAAGAACGUCUUAUUAAACUACUCAAGUCUCAACUUAGGCAUGCCAUAGAAAAGGAGGAUUAUGAGGAUGCAGCGAAGCUCAAGGUAGCCAUUGCAGCUACUGGGACAAAAGAUGAUGUUGGAAGUGUGAUAUCUUAUUUAGAGAAUGCCAUUGAGGAGGAGCGCUACCAAGAUGCUGUGUUCGUACGAGACAAUGCUGGUGCUGGACUAGUUGGUUGGUGGGCUGGUGUUUCUGAUGAUAGAAAUGAUCGUAAUGGUUGUAUAAUCCGUAUAAGUGCGGAACAUGGCAGAUAUGUGGCAAGAAGCUAUAGCCCUAGGCAGCUUGCUACAUCAUCAACUGGUGCUCCCUUAUUUGAGAUCUAUGUAACUUUGAACAAGAAAGGUGAAUACAGACAACAGGCUGUAUAUUUGAAGAGAAAGGCAGUUCCUGAAAGUUUUCCAUCAGUGUUCCCAAUGUCGUCUGCUGCCCCCGGCAGUAUGAAAAUGAGCCCUGGAGGGGGGAAAACUGAUAUUUUUUCUCCCGUUGUUGAAGAUAAUGAGGAUGAUGAAGAUAAAGAUGACCCUGAGAUAGCUGAUGGAGUCUCAGGAUUCCAGAAUAUAUUACAAGAUAUGAUCCCUGGUGUAAGAGUCAAGGUUUUGAAAGUAACAGCACCAGGAAAAGUUGAUCGAGAUUCGAUAUCCAAGGUGGUUGAGCAAAUAAUAGAGGAAGAGGAUGAAGACCAAGAUAUUGAGGCUGAGCUGGAUAAUGUAGACACAGAAGACACAGACGACGAGAUUUCUGGCGAAAGUGAUGAGGAAAAGGAUGAUGGUGAAAUGGAUCUUGGCGGUGUUGACAUGGAUAGGGAAGAGCAAAGUGAAAUAGCUGUCAACGUAGUAGUUAGUGGUCUUGUGGAGAACUUAACUAGCACACCAUCUUCCAGAGACUUGGUUCGUGUUCCAGCAGAACUAAAAUCAUCGGGACGAAAAUCAUUCUCUUUUUGUAUACAGGAUGAUAAAAGUCAGCCAGAUUCUGUUACCAAAGGUCAGGCUCCACCUAAAAGAAAAUCUAAGCGAAGCAUCGACCAUGUAAUGUCUGACCUUGUCAAUUCUAUAAGCCGGGGAGAGAAAAUACCUGUGAAGGUGCUUAAGGACGUGGGAGAUAUAAUUAGUCUUAGCUUGAACCAAGUUCAGAAUCGUCAACCCUUGUCGGGAUCAACAACGUUUAAUCGCAUUGAUUUACCAUCUUAUCCCGAUCCUCUGAACGGACUUUAUAUCGGAUCCCAUGGACCAUACACCUCAGAAGUCAUCCAGUUGAAACGCAAAUUUGGUCAAUGGCAAGAUGGUGGGACCAAGGGGCCUUCAGAUCUCCAAUUUUAUGAAUAUGUUGAGGCUGUAAAGCUUACUGGGGAUCCUUACGUGCCUGCUGGCCAGGUUGCAUUUCGUGCAAAGAUUGGCAAAAGAUAUCAGCUUCCUCACAAAGGGAUAAUUCCAGAAGAAUUUGGAGUGGUUGCUCGGUAUAAAGGACAAGGGAGGCUAGCUGAGCCAGGUUUUCGAAAACCUAGAUGGGUUGAUGGUGAACUUGUCAUUCUUGAUGGAAAGUAUGUUAAGGCAGGACCUGUAGUAGGGUUUGUAUACUGGGCUCCAGAGUAUCAAUUCCUGGUGUUCUUCAAUCGCAUAAGGAUCGAAGAAUAAAAUUCAUGUUGUACAUGGAAGCUGAAUGUCAGUACUCAGUCUUUUCUUGGGAUGUAAAAGCUUUAGGUAAUUAUAUUUUUAAAAGCCUUCUUUUCUGGAUUGAGGAGCACAGAGGAUUGUCAUUGUACCACACAUAACUUACUGGAUCUACAGCAAUUUUGGCUGAUGGAGUAACUUCUAGUGCUUUAAACUGUACUGACUUAUCAGCUCCUCUGUUUUUCCUAGGCCUCCAAAUGCAUGUAAAUAUUUGUUUUCCAGUUCACAAAUUGUGCUAGUUCUUCUGUAAAUGGUAAUAGAGGUAGCACGGGUUGUGAUUUGCGUUGCUGUAAGCAUAGUUUUUGAAGAUAAGUGCAACUUAGUUCUGUUUCUAGAUUGAGAGCUUUGGACGCUUGUGAAUUAUUAUUUUAGACCAGUAUUUUGCUGUGGCAUGUAAUAAUCAACUUUGUUGGUUCUAUUGUUAUAGCUUUACUAGCUUCUUCUGUGGC